CACCCCCGCAUUUUUUUUUUGGCUCCCUUCUUUUCAAACAAAUACACAUAAAAUGGCAUUUCGCUUCCAUUGGCCAGAGUUUGACAACGACUUUUAUAAUUCAGCUAAAUCACAACUUGAAGCAGCAUUGAAUAAAGGCAAUAAACCUUCUGUUAUUGUUGAUUACAUUACAGUAAAAGAACUUCACAUGGGUUCCAAGCCACCUGAACUAGAAAUACUAGAAAUUGGUGAAUUAAGCAAUGACAAAUUCCGUGGCAUAUUCAAACUAAACUAUGCUGGUGAUGCUUAUAUUGAGAUACAAACAAAAGUUCAGGCUAAUCCUAUGCAUAACAAACCGACACAACUUCCUCGCUACUGUCGUCCCGGUAUCCUGGCAGCAGAUAAACCACUGGUCGUACCCAUGGUGCUACGUAUCAGUCAAUUGAAACUGAGAGGCAUUAUUGUCUUGGUUGUCCACAAAACCAAAGGUAUCACUCUUGUGUUCAAAAACGAUCCUCUGGAGAGCGUAGAUGUGAGCUCGACAUUUGAUAACAUCCCCAUGUUGCGUGGUUACCUUCAGCGUGAGAUUGAAAAGCAAUUGAGAAACAUGCUACAAGAUGAACUGCCAAUGAUGGUGCACAACCUUAGUUUACGUUAUUUACAAAAAGAAGAACAAAAGCGACCGACUACUGCCAUGUCAAUGUAUUCGUCAAGCUGCAAUAGCCUUCCAGAUCUUGAAUACCCACCAUCACCUUCAGUCAGUAGCGUAGAUACGCCUUUGUCUGUUGAUUCUUAUGAUUGCUGCUGGCCAGAAAACAUGAAAUUCAACCUAACGACGUCGCAUCCAUUCAGCUGUCAUUAUUUGGAUACACAAUCUGACAUCCUAUCUAGUGCAACCACACUUGUCGACAUAUAUGCAGACGAUGCCGAUGCGCCGUGGUAUGCAAAGGAAGCAUUGGUCAGUCCAAUCUACAAUAACAAUGACGAAGCAUCGCCUGUAGUGUUUGAUGACUUGAUCCUGAGACCGAAUGAAAAUCAGAUGGUCUCUAAGUUAUUUAAACUUGCCUCAGUCCAUUAUACCUUAUCUCCUUUAACUGAAGUGAUUCCCCAUUUUACCUACCGAAGCUUACCUUAUGCUAUAAAAAGCUAUAGUCAUGUAAAGACAAACAAGGUCCCAAAAAGACGCAUCAUCAAGUUGAACCUUUCGGCUCCUCUUAUUUAA